CUUCGGUCUCAAUUACAAACAGCAGCCAUAACCACAACCCAACUAUAUUGAAUUUUCAAAGUUUCCCAAUACCAACCCAUCCUACCUUACCGUUACAGAAUGGCAAGUAAGGUCGAACUGCAGCGAAAAGAUAUUAAGGGGGAUGUACUCGUUGAUGAAGCCGUCUUCAACAUUCUCAAUGACUAUCUCCAGCUGGACAGCUCUGUCUCUACUGCGCAAGUAGCCGCCACCAUAUCAAAGCUUCCACCUGAGCCAAAGAGCGGCAGCAAGACUUUGGAUGAUGGCUUCUUUUUUGAUUUAUGGGGAGGCAUCAUUUCUAUCGCAGAACAGAUCCCGUAUGAACAUGCCGCCCAGGAUAAACUAGUCAAGCUUAUGAGGGAGUUAACCCUACUGUCCGAUACUGGAAUCACUGUGUGGCAAUCCCGGCUGUGGACCGAUCUUCCUGUUCUCGCAGCCGCCUUUAGGGAAUAUCUUAAUGGACCUGCUCAAUCAAAGAUCAAAGAGGAACAACUACGCAUUGAUCAAGCUUGGAUACGGUUCCACGCUUUCUCCGCCAGGCUCAUGGGCGCUGGAGUGAUCCAUUUUGCGAAUCAGCCCAUAUGGAUGUUACGCGAUGCGCUUGAAGAGGAAAAGAACCCUCCAAAGAGCAGUGCACUAGACAGAGACUUGAUAACUGCAGCGACGUAUAUCGAGUUCUUCGGCCCAGUCCUAGUCGAAAGGCUGGCCGCGAAUCCGAAUCCAGAGCUUUCCAACGAGGACCGCCGAAUGCUUAAGGGCGGAUCACUUUUCCAUGGGGAAUCCGGAUUACGAUUGGACCGCUGGUCAUUCUGGACUAAGAGAUUUAAGGAGGAGGCGGAGAAAACAAGUACCAAAGAAGCGAGGGACAUUGCUCUACGAGCUGCUCGGUUGAUGGAGGUUUGGAGCGAGACAAGGUUGAACCCUUAAUAGAGUAGACGGCAGUGAGGAAUUAAAUACUUAGCCUAGAUGAUGGUGAUGAAUUCGUUUACCUCUAGACAUUUAACUGUACUGGAGGGUAAGCAUUUAUCUAUCUCGUACUCUCCUAAGGGCUAUAACAGGUAGGUACUUACCUACCUAACCUAAUGAAUUUGCCAAUAUACGCGACAAAUCACGUCCUUAGAGUUUUACUGUAAAGGUACAGCACAGUCCGUUAGUUUCUGG